UGUCACCGCAUCACGUCCGUCUUUUGUGUGUUAAAGUUGAAUUUUUCCAAAGUAUUUUCACACCUGCGCACCAGUGUUGGUACCCCCAUAAAAGCGUUAGUCCUUUUCUACAUUUUGAUACCAAAAAGCGCCUCAAACAUUCCAGCAAACUCCGUUUUAAAUUUCGAAUAAUUGAGUUUUUCACGCAAUCAUACCAACCACGCGACGGAAAAUCACCAACUUCAAAUUCGUAAGUUGCCGGCAUUUAUUGACGUAAAGGUUAUGUUUUUCAGGUGAUCGCUCGUGCCUUGCAUAAACAAAUUUGUAGACAGAGUGAAAAGUGACAAAAUGUCAGAAACUAUCAAAAGACUGCUCGAUAGCGUCUCUACUGCACCUCCGCGGUGUGUAGAGUACUUGCUUAGGUCUGGAUUACUCUUGGACGAAGACGUGGAGUGUAUCCUUAUGCAGUACACCCCCGAUGAUGAUUAUUACACCAAUAGUGGGAUUUCGGUCACUCAGAAGGUCUUGGGUGUCAUUUCCCUAGCAAGUGCAACUUUCAUGGCUCACCAAAAAUUUGCCAUUUCGUAUUUGACAGUCGUUGCUUCACCCGUUAUUUUUAUUAGUCUCCAGUAUCUGGGAGAAGUGUUCUAUAGAAAGAAGCAAAAGGGAGACCUUGAAACCCUUACUAAAAUGCUACGUAAUACUUUUAAAAUGAACCGUGGCGUCGUUGAGUUCUACAAGAAGCGGAAUAUUACAGGCGCUGUGAUUGAAGGUGUAACUAACCCAUACACCCAACCCUUCCAACACUUGAUUAAAGCCGUUUUUGAAGAAGAAGUUGAGUUUAUUACCAACUUUAGAGAAUUGGUUCCAAAGUUUGGUGAAUAUGUGCCUUAUUUAAGAGCUGAUUAUGCUGUUUUAGAACAGAUUGAGCUUGAUCAGUUUGCACCACAUAAUAUUGCAUCGAUCGACGAUUGUGUUCUAUAUUUACAAAAACUAUGUGAUAUCUAUGUGUUAGUAGUUUCAAAUAUUUUGACCUGCUUAGCUAUCACUGCAUGUCCUGAUGCAGGGAUAAAAUAUGGUUAUAAGACUGACCAACUGUUGGAUACAAUUGUGCCUAAAAUGAAAACCAUGAUUAUAAAAUGUUAUAAUAACGUUGAGAAAAAAUUUAAUGACAUUAAGUUUUAUUACGUGGCUAGAAAACAAGCUCAAGAAAUUCUAGAAUCACCACGUUCAGCUCCUGCCUCAAGGCUUUCUCUUGCAACCUAUGAUCUUAUGAGCAAAGUUUCUGAAUUAAUUGAGAAAUCGCGGUUGAUUUAUGAUAAAAUGAAACAGGACGGCGGGGUUAACGACGAAUCUGAGUUGAAAACAAUGAGCGUCUAUAUUGAAAAUCUUCAUAAAGAAACGUUAGAUUAUUGUCAGAGUCUACAUCUCUUACAGAAGCUUUUUGAAUUUGAAAUUAAUAAAUCUAAGCUUCCAAAUGUGCCGGCAUUAGAAUCCUCUAGUAAAUCUACAAUGUCUCCAACCUCUGGUGAAGCAACAGUUGUGGAUGCUAGUUUAAAUUCCACUGAACCCACUGAUGAUGAAGAAUAUGAGUUGUUUAUACCAGUGCAUGAAAUUUUACCUGAAACUUCAAGUUUUGAUUCCAAUGAGGAACAGGAACUUCGUAAAUACGCAGCUGUUGUGGGCCAAGAAUUAAAACAAACAUUGAAGACCCAUUCCCGUUUUGUCGCUGCUCGCAAAAAACGAGGAAUUACUGACGAAGAGCCUGAAAAGGCCGAAACAGUGACUUCAAUUAAGGUUGAGGCACAGGUGCACGAGGUACCAACCUGCGGCGAUUCUAGCGCAAUAAUAUCAGAUGUUCCGCCGCCUCCACUAUUAAGUGUCCCGCCGCCUCCGCCGCCACCAUUGCCUGUAGUGCACGUAGACACGGCUGCACCACCUGAUACUGGAUCCCACUUUUUGGAUAUUAUCAGAGCACUACCACGCCAAAACGAAGAAGAAACUUUUGAAUAAAAAAUGGUUGAUUGGUCAAUUGACCACUGACGUUUCGUUCUGGUUACGUAGGGGCAGAAAUCCGCUACGUUUCCGCUUUGAGUUCUUUGUUAUAAAAGUUCGUUGGUAAUGCGAUUUACGUUUGAAGCGAUUUUGUAGUCGCAUUACCGCUUAAAAAAGAUGCGACUCUGACCUCCGAAUUUCUCCGGUAACGCAGAGUUUGCAUCAGAUUGUUACGGUUUUAUUAUUUUGGAGUUGCGUUACCUUUUAAACAUGCGAAUUUCUCCAGUAACACAGAAUUCGCAUCAAGAUGUUACGUUUUUUUAAUGGUGUUCAUGUUUUUUUUAUUUUGGAUUUGCGUUACCAUUUAAAGAGGCGACUCUGACCCCCGAAUUGUUCUGGUAACGCAGAAUUUGUCCGGUUGUUCCGAUUGUUUAAAUAGUUGUAUUUGUUCUUGUGUUGUGUUGUUUUUUCAAUAAAAUUUUUUCGUUA